AUGUAGCUAAGCUACUUACGUACAUUGCUGCUUUGCUGCUGUUUCGAUGGCUUCAGUAGAAGACAGUGGCUCGUAAAUGGUUUCCAAACUGUAUAAAGGGAUGCUACCCAAUUUCAUAUGGCAACACUAUACAAUGUGCCCUUGUUAAGUAUUCACUGCAUGCUGCCUGUAAAUAGCACUGGUCAGAAUAGCCAAAGGUGGUGUGGUUAUAGUAGGCAGCUGUCCUGAUUCUCCCUUCUCGCUGGUGUUUCUACAUGUUAACACUUCCAUGCUGCAGUCUGGUUCAAGGGACAAACUGAAUUUGACAGCUGAGUUUAUGAAGUGUUAAGUCUUUUAGGAAAUCAGAUGGGCCUAAAGAACUUCUUGGAGCAGCUCAUCCUCCUGCUGAAAUUUGUGGAGCGAUGGCAAUUUACACUGGCUCAGGUCCUGUCCCAAGUUGCUUUUGUGGGGGGGAGCAAUCCAAAAGAAUCAAAAUGUUGCUUAGCAGAUUAAUUACCCUUUUUCUUUUAAAAGAGAAAAUAAAGAUUUCCAAAAUGGUUUGUAGUCUAUGGAGAACUUGUUGGUGGUCUUUGGAGAGCUGACUGGUCACAGAGAGGUACAUCUCUCCCUCCUUCUUCAAUGCUUAGCCAAAUGGUUGGCAGUAGUAAUUGUUAGCCAUUUGGUCUGUUCCUGUGUGGCUACAAGGGCUUGACAGGCUGAAAGUCCAAUGUUGGAACACACUUGAUGCACCCAUGUAAUAGGGGGUUUGCCUCUGGGCUAGCUCCACCCCUUGGUUGGUGUAAUUUUAUUCUGGAUGUUACAAGACUUGGAGAACAGUGUUGGCCAGAAUGUCUUGGGGCAUUCUUGCACUUUUUGGAUGUGUUGUUAGAGGCUGUCUGCGGACAAUGGACCCAGUAGUCUGUAGACUGGAGCGACCAUAAACAUCUGCAUUGUAAAUAAAGUCAUUCCACUUUAUGCCCGAUAUGACAUUGACAUUUUGUGUGUCAAGCUUCCAGCACUGCCCAGUCUGAGCAGCACAAUGUCCAUGUUUCGCAACUGUAUAGCACUACGGACAGGAUUCAGCUUGAACAGAUCCUGAAUGUGGUCGCCAUGGUGAGGUGAUGUUGAUUCCAUAUUCGUUGUAAAUGACCCAUGGCAGACGCUGUCAUCCAAUCCAGUGGAGAACCUCCACGUGAGAGCUGGAGGAACUGGAGUGACCGGAAAGUGAAAAAACAAGAUGCCCCAACACCUUGUGAACAUCGUUGCUGUAAGGAGGGGCUGAUUAGAAAUGGCCAUGUUGGGCAGCGGCCACCAUCCAUCAACCCCGAGAGACUGAAAGAUUUUGGGGAGGAGGAUUACCUGAAUGGUGACGUGAAGACUUGGGAAAUGAAGAUCGUGAGCAAUAAUGAGGAAUUGCUCAGAGAUGCCCUUGACCCAGUCACUCAGCCAAACAGUAGAAGCAGCCAGCCAACCUCUAAUAAGCUGAUUCGAUUUGAAGAUAUUAGUGCUGCAGCUUUCAAAAUCCAGAGUGGUGUCCAGAAAACUCCCUGCAUGUAUUCUAGACUUUCAAAGCAAUAUGGAAUGGAUAUCUAUCUAAAGAAAGAGUUCCUUCAGUAUACAGGAUCUGUAAAGGAGCGAGGUGUGCUUUACCUGCUAACAUCUUUACAGCAGGAACAGCAGAAAAAAGGUGUGAUAGUGGCUUCUGACAGUAACUUUUCCAUGGCAGUAGCAUACCAUGCCUCAGAACUCCACAUUCCAGUAUUCGUCAUCAUGUCUACCAGCACUUCACUAGCCAGAGUGAAAAUGUGCCGUGAGUAUGGUGCCUUGGUGAUCUCCUAUGGCACUACAGCCAAGGAUUCCCAGAUCCAUGCAAGGAGGCUGGCCCAAGAGAAUGGCUAUCUAUACCUCGAAGAGGAGGACAGUGCUAUAUACCUGUCAGGGCUGGGUACCAUGGGAUUGGAGAUAUAUGAACAAGUGCCAAAGCUGGAUGCAGUGAUUUUUCCUGCAGGAGGCCACUGUGGAUUGCUAGCAGGAUCAGCUGCUGCCCUCAAACAUCUCAACCCACACAUUGCUGUGAUUGGUGUUGAAUCGGAGAGUUUCCCUGUGUUACAACAAUCAUUAAAGAUAGGCCAUCCUAUUGAAGACCAGGCCUGUAGCAACCAUCAGUUUUAUAGAGAUGUGAGUGGACCUUGCUUUGGUACCAAUUCUUUGCAGUUGACUGGGAAGCUUGUAGACAAGGUUGUUACCGUGAGGGAAGAGGACAUUCUAAUUUCCAUGCUGCGGUUGCUGGAGUUUGAGAGAGCCACGGUGGAUGCGGAAGGGGCUAUUGGACUUGCAGCCUUAAUUGCUGGGAAGCUGCCAGAGUUAAAGAGUAAAAGAGUGGCAAUCACUGUAUGCAGUGGUAACUUGGAGCUACCUUUGAUGAGGCAGUGCAUAGAUCGUGCCCUGACCCUUGACAACAGAGUCUGCAAAUUUUCCCUCCUUCUCUCUGAUUGUCCAAGAGCUAUUUCAAAGCUACUGGAGAUACUGACUCGGGAGGAAGUGAGGGUGCUGGAUAUCAAACAAGAACACAUGUUUGUGAUAUCUGAUCUCUUCACUAUUAAGGUCACCUGCAUUAUAGAGACUAGAGACAAAAUCCACACGGCACAACUCAGAAAUGCUCUCCUGGAACGCUACCCAACAAUGAUGUGGACGGAACGGUGAUGAGCAAAGCGCAAUGGAAAAUGCUGAGGUUCUUUAACCAACACAUUAUGGAAAGCUAAACUUGAGGCACCAGUAACAAAAUAUGCAUAAAUCUUUCCAAACUGAACAGUUAGCAAAUAGCUACAGAAUCAAUUGAUUGAUUGAUUUGCUCGCAAUAAAGUGACUGUCCUUUUGAAAUCAAGUAAAACUUGAAGCAUUAGAUUAGCUCAGGAAAGCUUGAUAGCCUCUGCUUGUGUUGGAGUUCAUUACUAAGUUAUCGAGGCUGUUUGGAUUUUGACUGGGAUGUAGAAUCUUGGCGUGUUCAAUAAGUAAAUAGCAAGAAGACAUUUUUCUUUAGUUCAUAAUGCAGCUCUCUUAUCGCUCUUCAGAUUUUGGUGCCCACUGCUUUAGUGAGCAAUGCAUCCUCCUUCUGCUGGCUUUUCACAUAUUACUACUAUGCUCACUUUGGUUUCCAAGCCAGAGGCAGCACUUCAUCUGCUGAGUCUGCCUUGGCAGUUGUACAAGUGAAUUCAUGUCUGCACAAAAUACCUUCACUUUCAGGGGUGGGAGGAAGAAGGGGGAAGGCUAAUAACACAC